AUGCCUUGUCAAAUUCAUGCGGCGGUUUCAGAAAGAGUAGAGUCCACAACUGUGAAAGACAACACGCAUUUCUUCGCACCUGGCGACAAUGUAGAAGUAACUGAAGGCGAGUUAGUGAAUCUUCGCGGUAAAGUGGUUAGCGUUGAUGGACCUAAGGUCGUUAUGCUGCCCGAUCAUGAAGACUUGAAGGAACCCCUUACACUGAACAUAUCUGAAUUGCGUAAAUAUUUCCGACCUGGAGAUCACGUCAAGAUGAUUUCUGGCCGCUAUGAAGGCGAUACCGGUCUCAUUGUGCGUGUAGAGCAUAAUCUCGUAGUCGUACUGAGCGAUCUCAGCAUGGAUGAGAUGAAAGCACGACCCCGAGACGUACAACUGUGUGCCGAUAUAACCACUGGGGUUGACUCUUUGGGACAGUUCCAGUUCCACGAUCUUGUUCAGCUCGAUCAACAAAAUGUUGGCGUCAUUGUGCGUCUUGAGAAAGAAACUAUGGAGGUUCUCAAUCAACAUGGAAAGGUUUUACGAGUGAAACCGCAAGCGAUUCAAGGCAAGAAAGACACUCGGCAUUCUCAAGCUUUGGAUAGUCAGCAAAAUCCCAUCCAAAGCAAGGACAUGGUCAAAAUCAUUGACGGUCCCUUCGCGGCUAAGAAAAAUGAAGAGGAAAAGCAAGGCGAGAUCAAGCACGUUUAUCGGUCUUGGGUGUUUGUAUUCUCGAGAAAGCAUACAGAAAAUGGUGGCAUGCUUGUAUGUAAAGCUCGGCAUCUCCUGCUAAUUGGUGCUCGUGCUGGUGGUGGAAGAGGUGACAUGCCGUCGAUGAACCGUCUUAGUAUGUCAAGUCCAAAUCCGUUCGCGUCUCCUCGUCAUAAUGGAAGUGCGACACCGGCUCAUUCGAGUUCUCAGAGUGUGAGCGGGUACAGCGCAGGCGGAAAGACGCCAAGUCAUGUUGCCGGUUUCGGAGGACCUGGAAUGGGAGGCGGUGGUGCAAACAAAGUAAGAAGGGACAAUGCGAUUAUUGGAAAGAGUGUACGUAUCACACAAGGACCUCUGAAGGGAUACUUCGGAAUAGUCAAAGAUGCUACUGAGCAGACGGUUCGGGUUGAACUGCAUACGCAGUGCAAGACAAUUUCCGUGGACAGGUCGCGUAUCGCAUGCGUGGGAGACGGAACACCAGGAGGAUCCAUUGUGAACAUGACGCAGUUCGCAAAGACUCCAUUCCCAGGCGACGAUGGCAGAACACCUAUGUAUGCAGGAAGCAAGACUCCCAUGUAUGGUUCGGGAGCCAAAACACCUAUGUACGGUAUGGACGAUGGUGGAAGAACACCGUUUGGCUCGCAUACUCCGUCAUACGACGUUUCGAGAACCCCUGUUGGUGGUCGUACUCCAGCCUAUGAUGGUGGACGAACUCCUGCUUACGAAGGUGGACGCACUCCAGCUUAUGACAGUGGACGGACGCCAAUGUACGAUAGCGGUCGCACUCCAACUUACGAUGCUAACAGGACACCUGCGUACGAUGGAGGGCGGACACCUCAGUAUGAGAGUGGUAGAACACCAGCAUAUGACAGCGGUCGCACUCCCGCAUAUGAGGGUGGAAGAACACCAGCUUACGAUGAACCAGCUGCUGCUUCAUCUUCUCGGCGAGGCGACAGCAGUGACGAAGAGGAUAAUGAACCACAGUACGAAGCACCAGCCUCACCAUCGUACAGCGUGCCGACACCCGGAACAAAUCUCAAUCCACAGACUCCUGGCUUCGCCCCAGAAACUCCUAUGGGUAACUAUAAUCCAAUGACACCCGGUGGAAUGUACGAUUAUUCUGCUCCAUCACCUUAUGUACGCAACAGCUACGAGUCAUUUGGAGGACAGAAGAUCCCUGCACACUUCUUGGAGGGAGGUGAAUGGGUGAUGGAGGAUCUCUUCGUUACAAUCAAGAGCAAUCACGAUGAAGACCGAUUCCAGGAUCGUGAGGCAAUAGUCACCAGUGUUCAGGAUGGCAGAUGUCAAGUCUACAUUCCGGACCUGAAAUGUACUGCUACGGCUGACUUUGAUCAAAUCGAGCCACUCAAGCCCCAGGAAGGCGAUUACACUGCGGUCGUGAUUCUGGCGAUGAAUUGGGGCGCAAUGGGGCAGUUGAGAUCAGUUGAUGAACGACGAUGGUGA